AUGUCCUCGGCGAGCCGGGAUCUCCGGACCCUAAGGCCGCAGAAAGCCAUAGGCUGCAAUUUCAAGCCCAAAUUCCUGGCUUGUGGGGAAGCCCCAGAAUUCUGGAAAGUAUAUAAACCUGUGAGUAAUUGCAUCCUCAAGGUUGGUGGCUCCUCAUUAGGCAUCAGGCAUUUUUCUUCCUGGGACCCUGCCCAGGUUUGUGGGAUCUCCAGUCCCAGGACCCAAUUCUGGGGCCAGGCCAUAUUUUCACAAUAUUCUGCAACCAUCAUCAACUUAUCUGAAGUUGAAGAAAAGUACGAGAAAGCCAUGGUUGCCAAUGCACAGUUAGACAAUGAGAAGAACUAUUUGCUAUACCAGAUAGAUAACCUUAAGGAUGUGAUCGAAGAACAGGAGGAACAGUUGGCAGAGUUUUAUAGAGAAAACGAAGAAAAAUCAAAGGAGUUAGAGAAACAGAAGCAUAUGUGUAGUGUGCUUCAGCACAAGAUAGAUGAACUUAAAGAAGAUCUUCGACAAAGGGAUGAGCUUAUUGAGAAACAUGGCUUAGUUAUAAUCCCAGAUGGCAUGCCCAAUGAUGAUAUCAGUCAUGAGUCAAAGGUCGGAGCUAUAACUGUAGUGUCUCAGGAAGCUGCUCAGGUCUUGGAGUCAGCCAGAGAAGGGCAGCUGGAGGUAAGGCUGCGAAAACUUGCUGACGAAAAGGAAGAGCUACUAUCACAGGUGAGCAAGCUGAAGUUGCAGUCAGAGGAAGAGCGGCAAAAAGGCUCCAGGAGCGAUGGUAUCAUGGGGGAACUGGCGGGGCUGCAGAAGAGCUGGGACUUGCAAUUCAUCGAAAUGCAGAGGGAUGCUGACAGACAAAUUAGUGAGUACAAGUUCAAGCUAUCAAACGCAGAGCAGGACAUAACCACGUUGGAGCAAAGUAUUAGCGGACUUGAAGGCCAGGUAUUGAGAUAUAAAACUGCUGCUGAGAAUGCUGAGAAAAUAGAAGAAGAACUGAAGGCAGAGAAGAGGAAGUUACAAGGAGAGCUACAAAGGGCACUGGAUAAGAUCGAGGAGAUGGAGAUGACCAACAGCCACCUGACCAAGCUUCUGGAGAUGGAGGCCAACAGGACAGUUCUGCUAACUCAGCAGUAGGGGCCGUCCAGCUGCCUAGGUGCUACUCUGUGGUCCUGCCCGGAGUGACUGACUUUGUCCAUUGACACAAACCCCUUUCAGUGCUGUUUUUGUUUUGUCAGUAAAAUAGCCACCUUUGUAUUUAAUAACUUAUGAAAGAAUGAAAGUGGUUUGAUUCUUCGUGUACACUUUGGAUUUUGUUUUUCAUUUGAUUCUAGACCUUUUUUUAUUUUAUUUUCAUCAUUUUAGAGUCAAGUUAAUACAUCCGUUUACCCCCAGCUGCCUGUGUCUAGCUCUGCUGCGUGGGCACAGGUUCUGGAGGAGAGCAGUUCUGUGAAUAUUCAGAGAUGCUUGCAAGCAACCUCAGAAAACACAGGUGCCUUCUCCACAGUGGGAU